AAAGAGCCCUGUUUUGUGUAUUCCCGAGUUGGGGGCAACCGAACACCCUUGAAGCAACCUAUAGAUUACUGUGACAACACUUUGAUGUUUGAAGCAAGGUUUGAAAGUGGUAAUCUACAGAAGGUAGUCAAAGUGGCAGAAUAUGAAUACCAAUUGACAGUGCGCCCUGACCUCUUCACAGAUAAGCACACCCAGUGGUACUAUUUUCAAGUCACUAACACCCAAGCAGAGGUAGUCUACAGAUUCACUGUUGUCAACUUCACUAAACCUGCUAGUCUCUAUAAUCGGGGCAUGCGCCCACUGUUCUACUCUGAAAAGGAAGCCAAAACUCAUCAUAUUGGCUGGCAGAGAAUAGGAGACCGAAUCAAGUAUUACAGGAACAAUGUAGGGCAAGAUGGACGCCAUUAUUUUUCUCUUACAUGGACAUUUAAAUUUCCACAUAACAAAGAUACCUGCUACUUUGCUCACUGCUAUCCCUACACUUACACCAACCUGCAAGAAUACCUUUCUGGCAUCAAUAAUGACCCAGUGCGGUCAAAGUUUUGCAAAAUACGUGUCUUGUGCCAUACGCUUGCUAGGAACAUGGUAUAUAUUUUAACAAUCACUACCACCUUGGAGAAAACUGACUCAAGAAAACGGAAGGCUGUGAUCCUUACUGCAAGGGUUCAUCCAGGGGAAACCAAUAGUUCUUGGAUCAUGAAAGGCUUUCUAGAUUAUAUUUUAGGAAGUUCAAGUGAUGCACAAUUGCUUCGGGAUACUUUCAUCUUCAAGGUGGUACCUAUGCUGAAUCCAGAUGGCGUGAUCGUGGGAAAUUAUCGAUGUUCCUUAACUGGACAAGAUUUAAACCGUAAUUAUACAUCUCUCCUGAAGGAAUCUUUUCCUUCUGUGUGGUAUACCCGGAACAUGAUCCAUAGAUUGAUGGAGAAACGAGAGGUCAUUUUAUAUUGUGAUCUGCAUGGCCAUAGUAGGAAAGAAAACAUCUUCAUGUAUGGUUGUGAUGGUAGUGACAGAUCUAAAGCCUUAUACUUACAGCAACGAAUCUUUCCACUUAUGCUGAGCAAAAAUUGUCCAGAUAAAUUUUCAUUCUCAGCUUGCAAGUUUAAUGUUGAGAAGAGCAAAGAAGGAACAGGACGAGUGGUGAUGUGGAAAAUGGGAAUCAGGAACAGCUUCACCAUGGAGGCCACCUUCUGUGGGUCCACUCUGGGUAGUAAACGAGGAACUCAUUUCAGCACAAAGGACUUGGAGUCAAUGGGAUAUCAUUUUUGUGAUUCUCUCUUGGACUAUUGUGAUCCUGACCGGACCAAGUAUUAUCAGUGUCUGAAAGAAUUAGAAGAGAUGGAAAAACAUAUAAACUUAGAAAAAGUCUUGGAGGAUUCAGAUACUCCUUUAAUGGAAAUUACAUUGGAUCUGGAGUCCAGUUGUCAAGUUUCUGACAGUUCAGAAUCCAAUGACUCUCAGACUUAUCUUCUCAAGUUGACUUCCCAGAAAAAAUAUUUGAUAACAAAGAAGGAAAGGAAUUCUACUAUAGCACGCUACCAAAAUGCCAGAGAACAAGAGCUUUAUGAUAGAGGACAUUUACUGCAAAGACAAAAAGAAUCAAUUUCUCAUGUGAAAGACACAGGACCAAAUGAAUCAGAUAACUAUAUAGUUGAUUAUUUCAGAAGACAGUUACCUAAUCAAGUAUUGGAUCUGCAUGACAACUUAAAAAGUCAAAUGAAAGAAUUCACAUCUUUCCAAAACAAGAAGACUGGUAUAAAUUGGACAGAUGAUGAAAAAAGGAUCUACAGAGAUAAAAGAAUAGCUCGGACUAAAGAAAUAUUGCAGCAUUUGCUCUCUACCACGAAUAGCACCAAAAAUAUGCAAACCUCUCAGCAAUGCAAACCAAGAGCCAACUUCCAAAUCCAACAUCAACUUAAGCCAGCUACUUGCAUAAAUAUUAAAAAAUACAGACCACCUCGGAUGCCAUCCAGAAAUCACUCUUUUAUAAUCAAAAGGAAUCUUAUGGCAACCUCUUCAGAAUGGGUCCAGUCUAUGCCACACCAAUCACUUGAAAGUUUGUCACCUCUCAAAGGCCCCAAGAAGAAGAAGAAACAUUCUCGAACAUGGGCAAUAAAGAAUGAAGACACAAAACCUUUCAGCAGUAAAUGGGAGACUACUUCAAGUUUUGAAAUGGAUGCAAAUGUUAUAAAAGAUAAGCAUCUUCAAGCUGAAGAAUCCAACCUGCAACGCUCUAAGCAUAUAGCCCCCCAUCUAACUAGAAAUAAAGAUGAACCAACCAAAUAAGAAUGAUGGACAACCCACCUUCCACCUGGAGUUCCAAAGGAACAGUUAAUCUAUCUUUAUGCUGCUCUGAAAAAUACCAAAUACUGGCAUAGUAAAAAGAAAAAAAGGAAAGCCCUUUCCCUUCCCUAACCCUCCCCCUGAACAUGCAAAUGCUUGUACUAAAUUACAAAUUCUAGAUAGCCCAUCUUCUUUAAUGGGAAUAUCUUUCAGAGAUAUACAAAUAAAUCCAGAGAAAAUAUUUUAAAAAUUAAAACACUUAGAUAUUUAUAUUUAAUUUUUGUCAACAUGGAAAAAAAAUCUCCAAACUUCUGAUUUAUCCCAAAAUAACUUAUGCAUACAACAUCAUAAAACUAAAAACUCAAGGAAGGAAUGACAUAUUCUGUGUCACUGAUUUUAACCUCCCUGCUAGGAACUUUAACAAAUCAGUCAACAAACAUCAUUUUCCAAACUUCCCAUAUAUUUUUGGUGUGCUAGGAACCAUUGCUGAUAUAAAAGACAUUCCUCUUAACUAGAAGAUUAACAUAUAAUUGUACCCAAAAGAUACAUGAAUAAAAAUGAUUACAGAAAAAGA